CUCUGGCACCCUGACGCCCUUGACACCUUCGAUGACUACUUCGGCUCCACGUCCAGGUUUCAAGAGAGAAGAGAGGCAGUGUGGACGACUACAAUAACGAUUUCGUAUUGGUGUGUUGGAUCCAACGACGAAAGAGACUCCCAUCAAUUUGCAGAGCCUAGAAAGAACGGCGAUUUUCCUCCUGCAGGCAUCGCAAUGCUGGGUGGACCAACAAAUUACACACGGACGGCCCCGACUUAUGUCAUGGAAGAGCGCUCCUCAUCAUUGGUUAUUACCGGUGAUCCUUCUGGAUAUUUUUGGACCUGCUCCAUUUGGUCCUCGCUUACAGAACAUAAGCCAGUAUCGGGACUUAUUGAAGCUCUGCCACAAGUACUUCAACGAUUCAUCAACCAACAAGUGAGCGGACGAUGUCUGGUGUUCCUAAUUCUCCUUGGCCAUUUCUCAGAGAAACUCGCCGAGGAGUAUGAUUCCAUCUUAAAACAAUUGGAUAGCAUUGUUGAACUUGGGGAUAGAGUUUUGUUACAAGGUCUUGAAUGGGGAAGUAGCAAAGCUGUUGACAAACUGAAGAAAAUGUUGUGGGGUUUAGAGGCUCUCCGUGUCUUUGACGACAGGUUAUCAGCUUCUUUGUCACAGAUACAGAAGGCACGGGAGGCAAUGGAACGCACAAUCAAACAGCUGCAUAUCGAUCUUCUCCAGGAAUAUCUCAACGUCCUAGAAGAAUUCGAGAAACGAUGUGGGAUGUUGUCAGAUGUCCAAAUAAGAACGCAGUUGAAGAUCAGGCAAGUGACGGGACUGAGGGACGGUAUCUCCGCAGUCACCAACGUCGAAGACAACCGCACAACCAUCAAACAAGGGAACAAUAUCAGGAUUCUCACAUAUAUCACAAUCGCAUACCUACCUCUUGGGUUCGUCAGCGGUCUGUUUUCAAUAAAUCACGCCACUUUUAUGGACAAUGCUACCAAUGCUCUAUACGCAGCUUUAACUGUCAGCUUUGUGGUCGGCACAUACGGCCUAGCGCUGAGUUUGGAAAAUAUUAUGGAUUUGUGGAUAAGUUUCAGGAGCGGAGAAUGGCGAUCUCGACGUCAGCCUAAGGGGGUCCCAGAUCUAGGGGUCGAACUUCCAUCAUGGCGUGUGGGGGAUCCUUUGACAUCAAGGCGGUCCUACGAGACAGACGAAGCGAUAUCAGGUACAUCCUGA